CCCUCAUCAGUCUAGAAUUUGUAGAUCCAUCCACCCUGUUAUAAAAGGAACUGGUUUGCUGCAAAAACCACUAACCAAAACCAAACCCAAUCAAUUUCUAUAGAUUCCUCUCCUCACCAUUGAUCUACUGCAAAGUUCUCUCUCAAUCCUCCCUCAGCUAGGAGAUCCAACUGAUUAGGGGAUUGAUCAUAUAUAGCACUCAUGUCUGCAAAUCGUAAAACUGGUAGAGAUCAUACAGUUAUUGAUAUUAUCGAUGACCGCGAGAAAAGCAAGAAAUGCAUCUUCAGACUUCCUAACGUGCUCCGGAGACAAAACCCAGAAGCAUAUACACCUGACGUUGUUUCAAUCGGACCUUUUCAUCAUUAUCCAGAAAAGCGAGGCAAGGAGGAAGGUAAAGGAGUCGAGGAAGGCAAACAAGGCAUAGGCGACGCAGAUUUCCAACUUACGAAACGAAUGAAAACUCGCUAUUUGAAUGAAAUUCUCACACGUAUGAAGAUAACUUUGGAAGAGUUGACCGCAAAAGUUUCUGAGCUCUCAGAUCAGAAGAAUGAAGGUGGCUUUGAGGAACAAGCCCGCAAUUUUUAUGCAGAACCAUGUGAUCAUAUUUCUUCCAAGGAGUUCAUCGAGAUGAUGAUAGUUGACGGUUGCUUCCUAAUUCAACUGUUUCGGAAGUGUGACCAUUCGAAAUUCAGGGCCUCUGAUGACCCGGUGUUCGACAUGGACUGUAUGUUUCAUUUCCUAUGCCAUGACAUUUUGCUCCUAGAAAAUCAACUACCUUGGUUUGUUAUCCACAUUUUGUAUGACCUUACCCAUGAUAUAUACCCUGAUGAAGAUUCCCUCUCUUUUCUCGUCCUUAAAGCCUUCAGCAAGCUGCCAUCACUAAAGCAAGGUUGCUCAUCUUAUAAUAAGCAUCUCCGAAACAAUUGUAAUUUUGCUGCUGAUUAUCUGCACAUACUUGAUCUGGUAAGAGCUUCCAUAGUUAUUCCAUUAAGGACCAUACAAGAGAGAGCGCAUAAAGCAGCUGGAAAAGAAUCCAUGGCCUACCCUGAAGAACAUGAAGUUGACUCUGGGAACAAACACAAGGGAAACAAUGAAGUCGUUCAUGAAGCUAUCAUUGACCCAGAUCUACAUCAAAUUCGUACCGCAACUGCUCUCUCAAACGUAGGCAUUAAAUUCAAAAGCGUCGAAAGGGAUAGCAUAAUGGACAUCCGAUUCGGAAGGAGCCGCGGGUGUUUUGGGCAUGCUAUUCUUAUGAUUCCACAGUUAAACAUUGAUCUGUUAUCAGAACCAUUAUUCAGGAACCUCAUUGCAAUUGAGCAAUGCUACCAUGGUUAUUCAAACGAGAUAACAUCUUAUGCCAUCUUUAUGGAUAAUCUCAUCUGUUCAGAGGAAGAUAUGGAUUUACUUCGCAAGGAAAAAGUAAUAGGUAAUUGGAUGAGUGAUGAAGAUGGUUGUAAGUUCUUCAGCAACCUUUACAAGGGUAUCCGGCACAACAGCUUCUACUAUGUUGAACUGUGCAGACAAUUGAAUUGUGUUUACAGAUUGAAAGAGCGGCUGAUAGGAGAGAAUACAAGACGAGAGUUGAAAUAUUUUUCCAAUCCCUGGAAAGUGUUUUAUUUGAUUGUUGGCUUUUUCCUGCUGCAGAUAGUUCCCACUUUACUGCAGACCGUAUUGGCCAUUAAGCAAUCCUUAGCAGUGAAGUUGUGAUUAUGUGAUUUGUUGUUUGAGUGGGAUAUAAACUUUAAAGGCAACUUUAAAUGUGCUUCAAUUACAAUGUAUUCUGAUGUGCUGUUUCUAGGUAUCUUAAACAUCCCUAGAAUUACAGAAAUUAAUAAGAUUUCGUUUGCAUUUGCGUGA